GGCUGCCACUCCGCCCAGCUGCUCUGUGAUAGAGCAGCGACGCUCCAGCACGGUCCCUCACACGCUCUCUCUCCACCUUCCGCACCGAGGAGCUGAACUCACUGAGCAACACGGACGCAGCAUGACCCAACACAGGGGCGCCUUCAUACGCGCGACCACGCGCGCCAACAGCCGCCCUCUGAACUAACCGACUCUUCUUCCAACCCCGAAACCUAGAACCUGAUUUUCAGACGUUUGACUGGAGCUGUACUAUCUUUUUUUUUUUUAAAGUGGAGUACUGAGGAGCGUCUGACCGUUAAGGACGUGAAAAGGUAUUUUCGAGAUGAGUCGUCCCUUCUGAGAACGGGGCGUCGCGCUCAGUGUCACCGACCCACCCAACCUGCGUAUCGGAGCGCCCCCCCGAGGAUCCCACUAAUGAGUCUCAAGAAGAGGCGAGCCGGCGUGGUGUUCAACUGGCACAAGUCCUUCGCUAUCCUUGCCCCGUGGAGGAAAGGGAAGGGAGACAUGGUCCUGGACGGAGAAGUAGUCCUAACGAAGAUGAAAAUCUUCAGUAACUUUCAUGAGAAAACCUCCUGCUCUGAGGACUCUGUCUCGACCAUCUCCAUAUCAGUGUCAGAACAGGACACCUCUGAACCCGCCAGCGCUCUGGACAGAAACGGGGUCCCCUCUGUGCCUCAACCAGAGCCAUCGGAACCAAAGCCCGACUACCUGUCCGCGUUCUCUGAGCCCCAGCUGCCCAGGCUGUUCAAGUUUGAAUCUGAGGACUCGGGGGUGGAGUUGGCCAGUGGGGCCAACUCCCCUUCCACCCCGACGGGCUCUGAACACAGCUUCGUCGUCCACAGCCGGGAAUCCUCCUGCGACUCCCGAGACCUGAGCACUUCGGUGCCCUCCCACAAUGCCCUGCUUCUGCUCGAACGGUGUCCCGAGACAGAGGAGGCGGAGGAUUCGCCCCAUCUGGCGGAGGAAGAGGGUCGCGCGGACGAUUCGGAAGUUGGGUUGGGCUCUGAGAGCGACCCGUUAGACAUUACCCUCGCCGAGGAGGUCAGGGAUGAGAAUGGCCCCAAAGAGGGAGCCUUGGGGGACACCGCUGAGGUUUGUGAGAGCGGCGCGGGGCUGGAAGCAGCCACACCGGAGGACGCAACGGAGGACAGCACGCAGCCAAUGAGCUGCGAGUCCAGAGGGGCUUACGAUGACAUGACGGAGGUGGACUUACAACAGCAGCCGCUAAGGAAAAGCACCACGACUGACAGUUUGGACAAGUACAUGGACGAGUGCUGCAGGCUAAGUGAGGUACAUCAAGCGAAAUCCAACCCCCUGGGGUCGGGCCUGGGCUACCUGGAGCACAUCUGCCAGCUGAUAGAGAAGAUUGGGCAGCUGCAGGAGCACAACCUUCGGCUCCAGAAACAGAUCUGCGGGCUCCAGAAAGAGAGCAGGACCAGGAGAACAAAGGAGGACUUCUUCCUCCAGCACUGCUGCUGUGGGGCGGCCAGCCUGGCCUUCCAGGAGCUGAAGAGACACUCCAGGAGCGAGUUCUACAACAUAAGCGCCUCCAACGCCACGCUGUCCGACCUGUCCACCAUCCCGGAGGUCACCAGGCAUCCCGGGACCAGGCAUCCCGGCAGCAGGACCGGAACGCCAGAGGGGGAGAACGGAUGCCACCCCGUUGUCCCGCUGUGGAGGAAAGGCUUGAAUCGGAGGAGCUACACGGAGGGGGAGGCGCGGUACCUCAGCGACAGCACGGAGGCGCUCUCCGUUCCGCACAGGAGGCUGAGUGAGAACUACACGUGGGGCAGAGUGAAGGAGCUGGUGAAGAAGACCAGGCUGAAGAACCAGAGCAGGCUGGGCCUGACGUCCAACUCCCUCAAGAGGUCCUGUCCCCAGCUCUACCGGCCUGACCUGGGACCAGUGGACCUGCCCAAGAGAGACAGGAACUCCAUGAUAGCGCUGGGCCACCAAACCAAAGCCGAAUUCAGUUGGCCUCAGUAGCCCCUAAACAGUCGCACGCAGAGCGGAUGGGCCGCGAGGGAGAGAAGGCAGUCCAGAAGACACGGGCCAAGUCAAGUCGUACGGAGGAAGGAAAGAAAAGAAAGGACGGAAUGUGGGAACGAUGGGAAAGCGUGUAAAGUAACACGUUUUAGAGAGUGAAAAAAUAUGUAAAGUCUACGAAGAAGAGUUACCUUAAAGCCAAGCACGAAGAGGGAAGGGGGGCUUUUAAAAACGAAGACCAGUUCAUCAGAGGUUUUAUUGUUUUAUAUAAACAGGGAAAUUAUGAUGGUUUAUUCCAAAUGUAGAAGGUAUACAUACAUGUAUUACAGUUUUUUUUUUUUAAUGACUUCUUGUUUCUAAACUUCAACCAGUAUUUCCGGACACCCUGUAUCGCACCACAGCAACAUCCAGUCCUCAAUAUCGAGUUCAUGUUUUUUUAAAAAGAUUUUUAUUCAAACUGCUGUGUUGUGUUAUACAAAUAUAAAAUAAGCCAUAGAGCACACGAUCUCUUUUACGUCUGAGCCAUUUAUUUUUUAUAUAGUCAUACUUACAGCCGUGUGUAUAUAGUGUGAAUGUGUUGAGGCAUAAUCUGAGUGGAGUCCUCUUCAAAACUCUCACGUCCAGUUUAUGAUAUGCAUGCACUUACCCUCUCAGUUGUCAUUUCCUAAACACCGUCUGGCUUUGGUAAAACAAAACGACUAUGGGUCCACUACAUCCUACCACAUUUGUUGGUAAUUAGAGAGGCAUGUGGAUCUGAUUCUAUAUUGUUCUUUAAGAAGCUUCCAUACCACUAUUUGGAUCAUGCACUUUAUUCUGUGGAUCUUUUUUUUUUUUUAAAACAUCUGGGAGCAUAUUAUUUCUGCAAUCUGAUGUUCUGAUUAUAAGAUCAAUGAGCUUUCCUUCUCAAAUUCUGUCUGGCUCGGUUACACACUCAUCUUUUGGAUCGACUGCAAAAAAAAAAAACAGUAAUAAAUGUGUGUCCUACAAAACAAAUGUAAAAUCACACCAAUGUAUGAUAUGCUAAUAUGUGCAUCCUUUAUAAACGUAUCAUUUUUUAUAAAUUUGUAUUUGGAGAAUGAAAAGCCUGUCUGUUUAAGUGUACUGUCUCUUCAGAGUGAUGCAAAUCUGCUUUCCCAAAUGUUUUUUUCUUUUUUUUUGCCAUUUUCCAGUUUGAUACAAACAUACAUUCACACCAGCAUGAAACGAGGCAAGGAAAAAAACACAAAGCUCCUUCAUCACAGGAAACUUAAAGAACGGAAACUGAGAUCACAUGUUUACGCCUUUGCCUCUUUAAGAAUCGUGGUCACCUUUCUGGGACAAAUACCCUUAAUGUGACCUUCUAGUCUCAAACGCAAUACAUUUUUUUCUGAAACGGUUUUGGUUUACAAUUGAAGUGAAGCUAGUAGAAGGGGAUUUUUUAUUUCAAGAAUGAGAGGUGACAGUGCUUAAGAAUGUAUAAAACUCCAAUUCAAACUAUGAAACUGGUAAUGACUGAGAACAGAGCAAAGGCCAUGGCCUGUUGCAUUCAGACAAACCCACUUGUCAACCUCAUAUUUUUUGCGGGAUUUGGUUUCGCAGGUCUACAUCUGCAGUUCAAAAAGUGCAUUUUUAUUUUAAUGUUUUAAAAAGCGGAAGCCACAUCACAUUCAGAGGGACUGCAGAUGUUCAAAGUUGGUCCCAAAUGGCUACCACUAUCAUUACUGCCUCCUGUCCCUUUAAGCAUAUCUUGAAGUUGGACAGGAGUCAUCCAUCCAGAUAAGAUUUUUUUCUUAAAAUCAUUUACACCCUAAAAGGCAUUCCUCUCAGCAGUCUGAGUCGAAGAUUAGCAUCAGAAUGGUUUACAUGUUGGCUCGCCACAGGAAGUGCAUUAAGUUCCGCUAAAUCCUGUUUAAUCAAGCGUGAAAUAAUCCCUGUUUGCUUGAGCACAAUAUUGGAAACCAGCCUCGUUUAAGCUGUCAAUACAACGGCCAGAGAAAAUGACUUAGUUAUUAGAUAACAUGGAAGAAGAAUGUCUUCAUUUGCAUAGGCUACAUUUGCCAAAUAAUUCUGCUUUUUCUUUUGUCUGGAAAACUCAGUUUACAUAUUUCAGGUACAAUGUAAUUUAAUGAACUGAACCUUUAGUAAUAUACAGCAUUAUGAUUUGAAACCAUCAUUUAGAAUAGAGGGAGUAUAUAUUGACAUUGUCUCCCAAACACUCAAAAACAAAAUUACGUUCAGAAAAUUUUGAGCAUUUCUCCAGCGUGAGUUUUAUUUAAGAUAUGUGGCAUCAGCGGGAGAAAUGCUGGGUGCAUUAUGGAAAUAAUGAAACCAAAGAAAUGGUUUGCGGGGCACAGCAGGCUAAAUGCUCUAAGAGGAGAUUUUGACUGUUAUCCAGACUUCACUUUGUCACUGCUUUUUUUUUUUUUUUUGUCUUGUGUAAUGACUUGAGUUUAAUUACGGGCCAAUACUAAAAGUUGCCUAGGAGCUAAAUCUCCUCAAAUGCAUUCGACGAAUUAUGCCAGUCUCAAUAACCCAGCAGCGAGAACCCUGGUACAGUAGUCUAGGAUAUAGUGAAUGAGUACAUACCAUUAUCCAGGGCUGAUGGAGCCAUCAGCGAACGCUGCAGAAAUGCACUUUGAGCCUUAAGCCCUGUUAAUCAAGGCUUGGAUAGCAAGGCCGUAGGGUUACACGCCCUUGUGUAAUAUUUCGCACCAUACCAUAUCAAGAACCGAGAGAAAGGGUAAAUGAGAAUGAAAGUGAACAGAGAUCAUUUUUAAACUGUAAAAUUGUAUCCCUUAUAUACGAAGCAGGUAUGUAUUGUUAGCCUGAGUGCAUUGUAACACUAAGUUUAAAAGACAUAAAUCAUACUGCAUAUUGUCAUAUUACAUUCAUAUUGUAUAUUUAUCUGUGGCAUCUGAGUUUUUUUUUUCUUUUUUGUCCAGUUGAAGGAUGAACAAGCAACUGUCCUGUUUUUUUACGCAAUGUACACUCGAGCUAAAGAAUGGAACAUUACUAUGUGCAUAUCACUACUCCAGAAUUAUUUUUCAAAAAUAAAGUAGAAAUAUUUCUAAACUGCA